AUGUCAAAUAAAACUGUAUACCCUUGGGAAAAGUAUUCAACAAAUCCACUCAUUGUAAAAGAUGAUGUUGGCAAGGCAAAACCAAAUACCUACCCAAUUCCUAAUUGCGCAUUUGGUACUCGAACUGUUCCUGGAAAAGAGGAAACUUUGGCAGAAGUAUUGUGCCACAUGUAGCAUUUUGCAUCAAAUGAAAUCAGACCAGAAAAAGAUUUCAAAAAAACAAAUAUCAUGAGUAUCAAACAGAAUUUGUAUACUGCUAAAGAUUUCUAAGAAUUCAGACAGUCACAUGAUAUCAGAUUAAAGGUAGUUUAGGGUAAACCAAGAAUGACUGAGACUCCUAAAUUAUAAGUCUUUGGUAGAAAAAAUAAAACUCCUUCUCCAAUUAAAAAUGUUUUAGCCUAUGAUUAUGGUGCAGUAGCUGAGAAAAAAUAAGCAGAAGCAUAUACAUCCAGACCAUCCACUGCCAAAAGUAGGAUUUCAGUAGAAACUAAAUCAAGCAAACUACUCAGGGAAACUAUUAAGAAGAAUCACUUGAUGUAAUCUUAACCAGAAUAAUUGAAAAAAUUAUCUCAAUUUGCUAACGUCAAACCUAAAACUAAAACUAGAUAUUGA